UCGAUUUUUGAUAGCUACAGAACUCUUUAUCCGCACGGAACAUUUUCCAGACAGUAUGGUGCAUUGUAAUAUUACAAGUUUCACGGCAUCUGCUGCCAGAACGCAAUAUGCCACAUCAUUUCGUGUUGCCAUAAGAUCAGAAAUUUUGACAUGACGGCGAAAGCCGGAAUAGUGGGACAAGUAUAGGUGGCCGUUGCUGGACACCUACGUGGCAAACACAUUUCCACGGCAACAGAUACUGCCGCAACAGGACGCGGUGUUUUCUGUGCGGCAACAGUAAGCACGUUUCAACAGCAACGAAUCAACAGGCAACAGUACAGGCAUGUCCGCUUCGACAAUAAAUAGUGAGUACCAGCAGCACGGUCGUGAGUUGCAUGAGAGCAGUGAGAGAUCGUGUUUGGAUGUUAGGAAAGUCCAUUAGUAGCAGCCAAUAAUUAUACUACAGACAGUUGGAGAAAUAUUUCUUGCUAUGAGAGAAAACAUGGGUAGUCUGUCUGAAGAUCAACCUAUACAUGGUGAUGAGCGGCCAUAUUCCAAUGAUGUCCGUAAGAAGUCUUUCAGUCAAAAGCCAAAUCCGGGUAGACAUCAGCUGAAACAGAGUCCAAAGCAGCCAUUUUCCUGUGACAUAUGUAAUAAGUCAUUAAGUCGUGAGGAUGACCUGAAGACACCUCAAUGUGUACAUAGUAAGGCGAGGCAAUUUUGGUGCAUUGUGUGUAAUAAGUCAUUCAGUCAGCAGGGUAGUUUGAAGAGGCAUCAGCGUGUACAUGAUGGAGUGCGGCCAUUUAUGUGUGAAGUGUGUAACAAGUCAUUCAGCCAGAAGUGUAAUCUGAAGAUCCAUCAGCGUCUACAUACUGGGGAGCGGCCAUAUUGUUGCAACAUAUGUAAUAAGUCAUUCGGUCAGCAGAAUCAUUUGACGAAGCAUCAGUUCAAGCACAUUGAGGAGCAUUGUGGUUCUGAUGUGCCUAGUGCAAUAUUUGGUCAUUUUCUUGCAUUUUGAAGACGCAUCAACCCACACACAUUGAUGUGUGUAGUAAAUCAUAGAGCAGUAAGCAUGGGUUUAGACUAUAGGAACAAUAUGUGACUUGUAGCAUGUCACGGUAUUGCUUGCCAUAAGUCACAGUUUUACUCUGUGUUGAAUGACACAUGUUUGUUUGAUUCUCAAAAUUUUAACUGAUAAUCAAAAACUAAGAUGGAAGGAAAAUUGUUUCCAUCUUCUUUAUAAUGAUGAAGAUCUCUUGAAGUGUAUCAUUA